AGAAAGACUGGCCAAUGGAGAAAAAAAAAAAAAAAAAGACUGGCCAAUGAGGAGCCUCUUUAUUUUGUUUGUUUGUGCCCGUCUUGUUUUUUUGUCGAUUUCACUCACUUAGCUAAACCGAAGCCUCGACGAUGUGUCCGGCAUUAGCCACAUUACGGACUCAAACAUCAGUCUUCAAGUCUUAGCACGCAUUGAAGGUUUGCGACCUACUUUAGCCUAGCCUAGCUGGCCAACCGCUAACAAAGCUGCAAGGCACGUCGUCAAGCGUUCAGAAAAUGUCCGAGAGAACGACACCGGGUGCGGUAAAGUUCCAGGAGGUAAAAGAGAAGCCCCCACGUCACCAAGACUCGACUGUGGGCAAAAUGAUGCACGCAAAGGUUCUUCACAGACUAGAAGAUGUCAGCCAAGCUCAUCUUCCUGAGCACCAGGAGUCUGCAAACAUCAAGGUGGAGGAGGAAGAGUCGCCAUGCAUCAAAGAGGAGGAGAAAGAGUUUAUACACGUUCAAGGUUUCAGAAAAUUCCUAGUUACUGAGUGGCAGGAGCCAGAAUCUCCUGGCGUUAAAGAGGAGGAUGUUGAGCUCCCCCAAAUUAAAGAGGAGGAACCAGAGCCCUGUCAACAGAAGGAGAGAGAAGAGCAACUCCCAAUCGAGGAGGAGGAGCUCCCCCAAAUUAAAGAGGAGGAACCAGAGCCCUUUCAACAGAAGGAGAAAGAAAAGCAACUCCCAAUCAAAAAGGAGGAGGAGGAGGAGGAGGAGCUGCCAUGUGUUAAAGAGGAGGAACGUAUCAGCUGCUCGACUGAUGAGCCCUUGAAGAGUGAUGAUGGUGAGGCCAGCAGAGGGGCGGAGCCUCCGAGCAGCUGCAGCAGCAGCUCAACAGAAGGAUUGCAUACUGACAUUUUCAUCACUCCAUCAGACAGAAAUGGCACCACGUCACACUCAACUGACAAUGAUGAUUGUCAUAAAAAAUCUCUCCAUGACGACAAACUCUGCAAAUGCUCUCAGUGUGGGAAAACCUUUGCUAAUAAAUAUACUUGUCAUACGCAUAUGAGGAGCCACACUGGUGAAAAACCUUUCGUCUGCUCAGUUUGUGGUCAAAGAUUCACUCAGAAGAGCACCUUAAAAAUACACACAAACACCCACACUGACGAAAAACCUUUUUCCUGCCCAGUUUGUGGUCAAAGAUUCGCAAGGAAGGAAUCCUUAAAACGACACACGAAAACCCAUACUGGUGAAAAACCAUCUUCCUGCUCAGUUUGUGGUCAAGGAUUCAGUUGCAAGAGCUCCUUAAAAAUACACGAAAGAACCCACACUGGUGAAAAACCUUUUUCCUGCUUAGUUUGUGGUCAAGGAUUCAGUUGCAAGAGCUCCUUGAAAAUACACAAAAGAACACAUACUGGCGAAAAACCUUUUUCCUGCUCAGUUUGUGGUCAAGAUUUUGUUCAAAAGCAACACUUGAAAAGACACACAAGAACCCACACCGGUGAAAAACCCUUUUCCUGCUCAGUUUGUGAUCAAAGAUUCGCUGAAAAGCGAUACUUGACAAUACACACAAGAACCCACACUGGCGAAAAACCUUUUUCCUGCUCAGUUUGUGGUCAAAGAUUUAGCUGCAAGAGCUCCUUAAAAAUACAUAAGAGAACCCAUACUGGCGAAAAACCUUUUUCCUGCUCAGUUUGUGGUCAAGGAUUCGUUCAAAAGCAACACUUGAAAAGACACACAAGCACCCAUACUGGCGAAAAACCUUUUUCCUGCUCAGUUUGUGGAAAAAAAUUCAGUCACAAGAGCUACAUAAUGAAACACUCAAGAACCCACACCGGCGUAAAACCUUUUUCCUGCUCAGUUUGUGGUCAUGCAUUCGCUCGAAAGCAAUACCUGAAAAUCCAUACAAGAAUCCAUACUGGUGAAAAACCUUUUUCCUGCUCAGUUUGUGGUCAAAGAUUCACUGAAAAGCAAACCUUAAAAAGACACAGAAGAACUCACACAAGAGCAAAACCUAUUUCCUGCUAAGUUUGUUGUCAUGGAUUCGCUGUAAAAGAAACCUUAAAAAGACACUAAAGAACGCACACUGUAGAAAAGCCUUUUUCCUGCUUAGUUUGUGGUCAAAGAUUCACUCUAAAGCAACACUUUUGAAAACGCACACAAGAACCCACACUGGAGAAAAACCUUUUUCCUGCUCAGUUUGUGGUCAAGGAUUCACUCUAUAAAGGAUUUGAUUAAGAAACACCUGUGUGUGUUGGUGUGAGAAGCAGUGGCCAAUGACUGAUUUGCCUGUCAUUCAUGCCAGCUCCAUCAGAUUUUGCACACAGGAUGAUUGUAUUCUGUAGAGCAGUGUUGUAUUUGGCAUCCCUUUUAGUGUUUGUCUUUUUUAAACUAAAAUACUGAUUAGUUUUAGCCAUUUUUUAUUCAUUUCAAAAUGUGUUUGUCUCCAUGUAGUUUUAUUCGACAGCUACUAAAUAAAAUAAGCUACCUGUAAUUAAAUAAUGAUUAAAAAAAAAAAAAAAGCGUCUCCUGUAUUAGCGAAUAAUCUUUGAACAAAAAUAAUAGCGGUCUGUUCAAAUCCGAAUGUAAAUGGUAAAUGGUGUUAUACUUAUAUAGCGCUUUUCCACCUUUCAAGGCGCUCAAAGCGCUUUACACUAUCUCGCCAUUCACCUACAGAUGACGCAGCAAAUAAAUCAUUUGGGUAACACUUUAUUUAUAAUAACUACCCGUUAUAACUAGUUAAUAUAUAAUUACUAAACUGUAAAUAAAUGAUGUAUUAUUGACUUGUUAAGCGCUUGCUAACAGUUUGUUAUGAUGCCUUAUAGGUAGGGUUAGCAUGUGUGUUUGUGCAUUAAACAAAAUGAGCAACAUUUCAUCUGUGGUGUUUCUUUGGUAAAGUUACAGCACACAGAAAAGCCUAUGAGUGGAACAAUCUAGAGGUACAAAAAUUGGAUAUUUUAAAAAAUCACAUCAAAUUUCUGUACCUUCAACUGUCAUGGCACGAGUUAAGGCUAUUCAGUUUGUGCCCAAGUGUUUCUUGUCGAUGUAAUUAUUGAUUUCACCUUUUGUGGCCUGCUCCUUGUGUCUUGACCAAUCCGCUGCCUCUUGUAUCAACCACCCGUGUCUCAUUGUCUCGUUACCCCACGUCUGUAAUUAAGUCCCCCAUGUGCUGUCUGUUCUUGUUUGGUCAUUGUCUUUCCGCGUGUCCAAGCCCUUAUGUUGCUGCCCGAAAUAAGUUGAUUCCCAGUCUUUUGUUCUCCUUGAGUUCGUGUUGAACUUUAGCUUUUUGGACUUUUGUUUAUUAUUAAAACCACUUUGAGUUCACCUCCCCCUUGCCUUGCCUCCCCAUUUCCCUGCAUUUGGGUCCUCGAUGUCCCUGCCACACCCUGACAUCAACUUAUUUGCGUUUCUUCAAAGUUUAGUAGAUGGUUAUUAACGGCAUUAACAAGUGAGCUGUAAAGUGUUAUUAUUUUAAGUAAUAGUCAUAAGCUUUUUUAACUGUUUCCCAUUGUUGUUCAUACCUGUCUAUUUUAUUUGUCUGUUUUGCAGAUAUUUUCUCUGUUAUAUAUUCAAUGAUUAGAUUUAGCCAUUGGUUCGUGUUAAUAUUUUGUUUGUUUUUCCAAUCCAACAAUAUUGUUUUUUGGCUAUCAUUAAACUUGACAGUAGUGGACGGGCUUGACUAUUUGAGAUAUUCACUGUAUUCAGAUCGCCAAGCAGACAAAGAUUUGAAGACUAUGGAAUCCUCCAGUUCAAAAGGGAUCAGAACUGUUGCACUUGUUUACAUUUGUAUUCAGAUCGCCAAGCAGACAAAGAUUUGGAGACUGUGGAAUCCUCCAGUUCAAAAGGGAUCAGAACUGUUGCACUGGUUUACAUUGCCAAAAAGCAUGCAAGUACGCAUCCAAAGUAUCUUUGUUACAGUUUGAACAUUCAUCGGAUUGGGAAAACCCCAUUUUGUACAUAUUAGGCUGAGUAACAUGCCAUCUCUGCAGUAUUUUAAACUGUAUAAGUUGAAGGUUCUUAUUCUUAGUCAUUGAAAAUAUGUUUUUACAAAUGUGGGACCAGUAAUUAUUAUCUAAUGUUACCAAAAGUUUGUUACUCCAUUUUUCGAUUGGUAGACAAGUAGAGUUGUUACAUGAGAACGCUUUAUAUACACUUCUGAAAGUAUUUUUUUGUUGUUGAGGAUGGAUGUUUACCAUUUUAUUUACAAAAGGAUAUAAAGUACCCAUUAGUGUCAGUGAAUUUGCUUUUGAUGGCUGCCCUGAUUUUACUGUUUUGAAGGAAAUUGACCCCUCUGAUUUGGAAAUCUUGUAGUUUUUUUAGAGGGAGGGGCAUGAAUAUACUUUCUUUAUGUCACGUUCUGCUCCUGGUCAGAUUUUGUGUUGUUGCAGAGCCGGCUGUGGGGGCGUUCCCGACGUCGCACCUGCAGUUCAUCAACAACAGUAUAAAGAAGCAGGUGAUCCACUGGAAGGACGCCGAGAUAUUUUCCUUGCUGGUCGCCAUUCGCCAUCCUUGUCAUUCGAGUAGCUUGUUAUUUUUGUAAUUACGCCUCUGCCGUGGGUUUUGGUCGCCUGUCGCUUUAGUUUUGUAUGCCUCUACCUUGUGCAGGUACGUGAGUGUAUUUAAGUUGUUUUAUUGGCUCUCUGCCUACUACCUUGGUUUACCUUCGCGUUUGGUUACUGAUCCCCGUCGACCUCCUGUCACGGACCCGUUUUGUUAUUUCCCCUUUUUACCGCGAUCGCGUGUGUUUUGGUUUGUAUUUAAUAAACCCUUGUACGAUUCCCUCAGUCGUUGGUUGUCUGUUGUGAGUCCAACCUUGUUUUCGCGUUCGCAAAUCCUGACACUUUAAACAAAUGUUGUAAAUGGUUUAUUUCCAUUUCCUCCUAUGUGCUACAAAAAAAAAAAAAAAAAGUUUUAUUAACUCCAAAGUCUGGGUUGUCCCCGAUUGGGGAAAAUUUACACGGUGCUAAUUGUGAAUGCAUAAUUUCCAUUCCUUUGCACCAGGCUUUUAAGGUACAUGCUAUCAUUGGAUUGUUGAAGCUGCUAUGUUGCUUGAUAUUUGGACUAAUAAAGGGAAGGGUUGCCAGUUGUAUUUGAUUGCAGUCUUUUUGCUCCAAUUCUAGCCUUGCCCUUGACUGUUGUUCAGUGUUACGAUGUAACCACUUAAUGAGGUAUUGCAUUUAAUUUGCAGUAUAAUAGUGUUGAAAAUUUGGAGCAUCUAAACCCCCCUCUAGUUUGUUUCUCUGCAAGUUGGAGAAGCUAAUUCUGUUUUUCUUGUUCUUAAAGUAGAAUUUUGUGAUGGCUGAGUCUAGGUCUUGAAACCAUUUUUGAGAGGUAUUAAAUGGGAUCAUUGAAAACCUGAUUUGUAGUAAGAUGGGUAGAUUAUUCCAGUGUAUUAAGUUGUCACAUACAAUGCUGGCCAAAAGUAUUGGCACCCCUGCUAUUCUGUCAGAUGAUGCUCAAUUUAUCCCAGAGAAAAUUAUUGCAAUUACAAAUGCUUUGGUAGUAAUAUCUUCAUUGAUUUUGCUUGCAUUUAAAAACACAAAAGAGAAUGAAAAAAAAAUCUAUAUCAUUUUACAAAAAAACUCCAAAAAUGGGCCAGACAAAAGUAUUGGCACCCUCAGCCUAAUACUUGGUAGCACAACCUCUAGAAAACUGUGAACAACCACUUCUGUCCAUCAAUGAAAUUCUUACAAUGCUCUGUUGCAAUUUUAGACCAUUCUUCUUUGGCCAACUGCUCCAGGUCUGUGAGAUUUGAAGGGUGCCUUCUCCAAACUGCCCUUUUCAGAUCCCUCCACAGGUGUUCUAUGUGAUUCAGGUCUGGACUCAUUGCUAGAAGUCUCCAGUGUUUUCUGUCAAACAACUUUCUAGUGCAUUUUAAAGUGUGUUUUGGGUCAUUGUCCUGCUGGAAGACCCAUUACUUCUGAGGCACACCCAGCUUUCUCACACCUACAUUAUGCUGCAAAAUUUGUUGGUAGUCUUCAGACUUCAUAAUGCCAUUCACACGGUCAAGCAGUCCAGUCCCAGAGGCAACCCCAAAACAUCAGGGAACCUCCGCCAUGUUUGACUGGAGACCGUGUUUUAUUCCUUGAAGGCCUCGUUUUUUUCCCCUCUGAAAACUAUACGUUGACCAUCAACAGGGACGAGGGGGCGUACAUGCUCUCAACUACCUGGACCAGAGUCUUGGAAGAGUGAAUGGUCAGCAGUGGGCGUGACUCGUGUUGGUGUUGGCUCUCGACCUCGUAUCUUCAACGCCGUGCAUUCUAGUGUUGUAUCGGUCGCGAACGAUUCGUUCUUUUUGAACGAAUUGUUUGAGUGAACGAGACCGAACUAAUCACCAUCUGCACUGAUUCGUUCUAUGAAGUUGGUGCUUGUUCACUGCGUGGGAGGGCGUUGAGCAAGCGACAGCGUCUUCUGACAUCGCACACGACCAAUCAGACGCCAGCCUCAUCGCGGGCAGGGGAGGGACCGGAAACAGAAUCAGGGCGUAUGUCACUCACUUCCACGUGUGGCCAAUAAGCAGCCAGCGUGCAGGCAAGGGGGCAAGACUGAGUUUUGUCACUUCCCGUUCAGUGACUCGGUCCUCCGGUUCCUGACCUAGCUUGCUGCUAACGUGACUUUCCAGUAAUGACUAUGCGGUGAACGAAUCAAAAAAUGAAAGGAAAGGACUUUGUCACAUAUUUGUUAACGUGGAGCCUAUCAAAUGCAGCUCAAAAAGACAAAAA